AGCUUUCGACCGGUAUGGUUCGGUGUUUUGGUGCGGUACGAGCGCGUUUGUCGAGAGGUUUUCGUACGUAGCAGACACACGAUUCAUGAUAAAAGAGUUAGCCACCUAAUCCCAGCACGACCACCACUGCUGGAGAUUGACGGUGUGAUGUGCGCAGUGCAGCGUUGACCGGCAAUCGCAAACUGUGACAGAGAAUGUUCAAAACCUCGCUACAAAAAUGCUCUCCGUACCCACAUUAGAACACUAACAGCGUGAUAUUACACAGUGAAAUUGGUUCCGUAAGUAAACAACCAUGUUAAAGUGAUUCCGACCAUAAAUCGUCCCCCGUGGAGCGUAAAACAAGUGUCCCCGUGUGCAACUGGGUGUUUUAGUGGUCAAGUGGUGACAAGUGGCAGUUCCCCGAGCAACCGAACCCGGGAAAGGCUAAAUUGAACCGCCACCAUUCGCAGUGACGAACACCCGUCAGCACGCAGUCGUUGGCUGUGGGCGUAACGGGCCACCUAAAAACCGGCAGCCAGAAACCAUUUCCAUCCCUAGCACGCCGUCCUGCUGCGAGCUCGAUAAUGAGCAGUGUACGUAUGUAAUGGGUGGCAACGGGCCGCCCAACGGGUGCUAGAGAGCUGAUCGGUGCAUGCGAUCCCGCCACACGCACACAUUCGGAUGGACAAUGUUGUGCUUCAAUCUCAAGAUAGCGACCAUCUUUCGUACGUACCGGGACUCGGAUCCGGUGCGCGACCGGAGCCAGAGUUUGUUCACGCCGCCACCGCGCGCCCCGCACCGGGACAUCGGGGCGCUGCGGGUUCUGCAGCGACGGGCGUCCAGCGUAAUUACUUCGGCGACAGAGCUCAUCUCGAGGCGAGGCGUCUUCUCCCGGCGUCAUUAUGGAUCAGUGGACCAGCUGCCACAGUCGGAGAUUGAUGGAUUGGAUCCAAACUGUCGCCGGUUUCGGCUGGAGAAUGGCGAGUCAUUAGCCGAGAAGGACGAGGUUUUCGGAUCCCCUAGCAUCCCCAUUCUGGAGAACCCGGAACAUCAAACACGAUGGUACUUCAAGUAUUUUCUGGGAAAGCUGCAUCAAAACUACGUCGGAAUGGAUUCGGAGAAAAGCCCCUACUUCCUAUCGAUCGUUUCGCAAGACUCGGGCAGCAAAUGUAUGCCCCUGUACCGUGUGAUGCUGUUCCGGAAACAGGGUGCCCAGAAGCUGGCACUGCCGUACAACCCGCAGCAGAAGCUGACGGUGAAACAGAUCCUAUCCAACUUCACGCUGAUGGACUCGAACAAAUCGCCAAAGGAAAUCUUUGCCGCCGACAUCCAGAAGGAUCUGCUGCUGCUCGAGGAGCAGGAGGGCUCGGUAAACUUCAAGUUCGGCGUGGUGUACAUGAAGGCCGGCCAAAAGUUGGACGACGAAAUGCUGAGCAAUGAAACCGGAAGUCCGGAGUUUGACGAUUUUCUUGCGCUGCUGGGUGAAAAGAUACGGUUAAAGGACUGGGAGCGGUACCGUGGUGGGCUGGAUGUGAAAGGUGACAUGACGGGCAAGUACUCCAUCUACACGCUGUACGAGGGGCACGAGAUAAUGUUCCACGUAUCGACGCUGCUACCAUUUAGCCGUGAUAAUCGACAGCAGGUCGAGCGGAAACGACACAUCGGGAACGAUAUCGUCAACAUCAUUUUCAUCGACGAGGCAUCCUCGGGCGAAGAGACCGAGUUCAUACCGAACAACGUAAAGAGUCAAUUUACGCAUGUGUUCGCCGUCGUUACCAAGCGUGGGACGCGCUACCGGUUAGCCGUGUACUGCGACGAAACGGUUCCACCCUUUGGCCCAACGCUGCCCAAUCCGCCCGAGUUUGAGGAUCCGGCCGUCUUCCGGGACUUUCUGCUGGUGAAGCUGAUCAACGGCGAGAAGGCCACCUUCCAAACGCCGACCUUUGCGCGGAAGCGCGAACGGACGCUGGAAAUGUUGAUAAAGGACCUGUACGAGGAGUAUGUGCACGACAAUAAAAUGAAUAUGCUUAACAGACGAGCCUUCUCGGAGGUGCUGUACGAUGCGCCCCGCACCUCGAAGCUGAAGGAGGACGCCCGGCAGGUGGAGUUUGUGCGCAUCGGUCAAGCCCUCAAGCUGGAGGCGAUCGUGCGCGGGGACGCCCCGACCAGCAUCGCGUCGGCCGGUACCGUCUUCAAGCGUCCGCCCUGGGAGCCGCACUGCUUCUAUCCGACGUUCCAGCCCCGGAACGAGCUGGUCGGGGACAGCUGGGGCCAGGAUCAGCUGUUUCUCGCCUCGGACGAAGGUACAUAUCUGAUCAGGGAGGACCAAACGCACCGGGUCGUGUUCGACAAGACGCUGUGCGUGCGGCAGCUGAACGUGGUGGAGGACCACGGCAUCAUGCUGGUGCGGGGCGGCAGCGCGAUGCAGAAGGACGGCCACCGGAUACACGUGUUUCGGCUGAACGAGUUUACGGACGACCGGCUGGUGCAGCGGUCGCGCGUCGACGUGAAGGAGCGCCGGAUUGAGAAGACGCGCGGCUGCCAUCUGUACGCGAUAUCGCGGGCCGGCGAGGCCCACCUGCGAAUGGCGGUGGCGGUCGGGCGGAAGCUGCUCAUCUACCAGUGGAAGCAUACGGCCGCGUGGACCUCCUGGUGCCCGAACAGCGACAACGACACGGUGGAGGGUUUCCUGUUCCUGAAGGAGAUCCACCUGCACGACUCGCCGACGAUCAUGACGAUUCUGGAGGGUUCGUGCCCGAAUGCGGGCCUGCUGAUUUGCGUCGGCUAUCGACACCAUUUCGAGAUCGUGUCCGAGCUGACGGGGCACGGGACGAAGCUGCACGAAACGGACACGACCAAGCGCACGCAGACGCAUCUCGUGGCGGCGCUCGAUCUGUACGACGGGCAGGACACGGAGCUGCUGCUGUGCUACAACCACACCUGCCACUUUCAGAAGCUGUCGGAGGAGUGCAACAACAGCACCGAGUUUGACUUCCAGUUCAACACGCCACCGUCGUCGGUUGUGUGCGCCUUCCCGUACAUUAUCGCGUUCACGCCCGACACGAUGGAGAUCCGGCUGCUGGUGAACGGCAACCUGGUGCACACGGUCACGAUGGCCGAGCUGCAGCUGAUCACGUCCAAGAAGGACAUCUUCUUCGUCACGACCGCGCCCGAGUUCAUUCCCAAAGGUGCCAAACUGCGCGGGCUCGAUGCGGAGGACCACGAGCAGAUGAACAAACCGCGGAUCGAGGAGAGCCGGGUCGUGCCGGAGGACGACGCGUCGACGAGCCCGGCCCGCAGCCGGCUCAGCUCGGACGAGGACAAUUCGGGCGGUGCGCCGUCCACGGCCGAAUCGGACCCGAACGGGGCCGAGUCGGCAGGUGGGCAGCUUACCACGCCCCAGAUUCAGCGCGCCAAAUCGCUGCAAAACCCCAACCCGGUGGGGGAGGCGGCCAAACCGAAGGAGGUGUCCCUGUCGGUGGACGAGCUGAAGCGACCGAUCGCCAAGAGCAACUCGUACGGCGAAGCCGGCACGUCCUUUUCCAUCCCGACGACGACGUGCAGCAAAGAUCUGGCGAAGCACUUUGGCGCUCAGCCCCUGCCGAACACGAAGGACCUCUGCCGGCACUUUGGCGAAGCGUCCGUACCGCCCAACUCGCCCCGGAACAGCACGAUCGUGAAGGGCACGUCGCCCAGUUCCCCCACGCGCAAAUCGUUCAUCCGCCAGCCGACGCUCAACCUGGGCAAAGCGCAAACGAGCGAGGGUGAAACGUCCCCCUCGAAUGGGUCCGCGUCCAGCAGCAAACCGCUGCGCGUGUACCGCAUCCCGCUCACGAACCUGACCGGUACGCACGUGCAGUCGCACCACUACCACUACCCGAGCAACGAUCCGGCCAAGAAGCCGAUCGCGAUCGCGACCAAGAUGCACCCGAGCGCGGCGAUCGCGGCCGCGGUCGUUACCCGCCCGAGCGAAGGCGCCCAGGAGCGGGUCCGCCAGCUGCAGUCGUCGAACGAGGAGGACGAGGAGGGCCUGUCGCCGUCGGACGAGUCGCGCGGCGAGCUGGCGGGAGCGGCCGAGGUGGCGCCGGUACCGCCCGCGCUCAGCAUCUUCGACCAGAUCCAGCAGGACCUGCAGGAGCUCAGCAUGAAGGAUAAGCUCGAGCAGGGCGAGCUGUGCAGCUCGGUGCUGACGCCACUGUAGGCGGCAGCGCUAGACGCGGCCAGGUAUACCUGAGGCUAUACGCAUACACCCAGCCAGUAAGCAAAUGGUUUCAUCAUUGAACGCGCGUGCUCGCGUUUUGUUGAUGUUUAAGUAAAUUGUAAAGUGGAACCGCGUUGCGGUGCGUGUUGUUUUUGCGAGGGGGGAUGAGAAGUUGACUGUUAGUUGGUACGCUGAAAUCGGUUUUUUUGGUUCGGAUGUUCGGCCGAGCCGUGGCGCGAUGGUCAAUUCAACUGAGCCCCUUGCAUUGGUCCCGCCAUUGCCGGAGCAUCUGAACCAAGAAUGAAUUUCGGGCGAAGUAAGUUUUUGCGUUAGUAUGUGAAUAGUCGCAGGGGGGAUCAUUAAUGCGCCAUGCAGAUGACAGUGUGUGUGAGAGAGAGGGAGAGAAUUGUUCAUUAUUGCAACUAAAUACUGCUGUAGCUCUUAAAUACCCUACCAUAUACUAAGCCAGGAUGCUGCUACACCUAUCCACGUGUUAUCGUACGUGUGUGUGUGCGUGAGCGUGUGCGUGUUGAACCCAAUAUAUCACUGUUUGAGGGCCUGACUGCCGAUUAUUAGGAUUAUUUAAAACAAGGUGCGAACGAGUAACGCACAAACAAACAAACAAACACACACACAUACGGAAGCCUACUUAGAGGAAAGCGUGCGCAGGAAGCACGUGUUUGUGUGCGCAAAACACAAAGCCCAGUGCUCAUCACAAAGUAUUAAUUAGAAGAAAGCAAGGCGUACGAAACAUAAUCAUGCUCUACACAUGACCAUUAGCCGAUACUGAAACAAAUACGUUACGGCAAAGUGACAGCAAGGCAUAGAUCACGCCGCCAAACUCCUCCCCCCGAGAGAUCCUGAUUGCGGAUGUAACGCGCAUGGAGGAGCAUACCAACGCCGGCGUUAACUUGUACACUUGCUCGCGUGACACCAUGCACAGAUGGGAGAGAAAGUGUGCAUGUUGUUUUCCCUUGUUUUCUUGUGCUGUGAAUAAUAAAAAACAAAACCGAGAGAUUAAUGUUAGCAUAAACACAAGCGCGCGCACACACACACACACAACCGUUAGAAAGUUGAAUAGCAAUUGUGACCCCUAGCCGCAAACCAAGCAGUUGCUGAACCCCCGGCAGUGGAAUCUAUUUCGUCCGUUCUGUGUUGGUAUCAUGUUGAAACUGAGAUAUACAGAGAGAUAGAGAGAGAGAGAGCGAGAAAAGGCCACAAAACAGGAUAGCACAGAGGACAAAAAGGCAUUAAAACAAGCAUAAAACACAAAUAAAGCUAUAAUGUUAAACACAAACACAAACACGCCGUUGAAAUGACAGCAAAACCAAAGAGCCGCAACCCAGAAGCACAUAUAACGGAACUGUAUUUACUUGCUACUAGCACUAUCACUAUACUAUUAUUUACAAACGGCCUGCUAGGCGCGACCGAAGGACAGCAUUGUGAGCAAGUGGCGUGCGCCGUUGGGUUGGGUUUCGGAGGGAGGGGAUCAAUGAGGGAUCAGACUUUUAUGACGGGUGGUAUCACCGCACAGAAUGUGCCACAGAACAAAGCAAAUAAAGUUUUUAGUUUAGUUGAAAACAA